AUGUUAAUGCAACAUGGAAGCACCAAACUAACCCAUGAAGUGCUCACCACCUUCCUGGCUGAGGUGACUGCCAUUGUUAAUAGCAGACCACUUGUCCCAGUAUCCACAGACCCAGAAGACCCAGUUCUGCUGACACCUUCAACACUCCUCACCCAAAAGAUCGGCUCCGCUCCUGCACCAACAGGUGACUUCACUAUAAAGGAUGUUUCCAGGCAACAAUGGAGGCACGUUCAACAUCUUGCUCAGACGUUUUGGAGCCGGUGGAGGGGCCAGUACCUCCCUCUUUUGCAGGCCCGAAGCAAAUGGACUUCCAGCGUUCCAAACCUGAAACCUGGCAGUGUGGUCCUUUUGAAAGACCAGGAUUCGAAGAGAAACGAAUGGCCCUUGGGACUGAUUACCCGUGUCAUUCCUAGCCAAGAUGGAAAGGUGCGACAGGUCGAAGUGAAAAUUUACAAGAAUGACACUGCAAAAUUGUUCCUGAGACCUGUAACAGAGACUGUGCUUCUCCUCCCCCCUCCUCCGUCUGAGCCUAUCUGUUAA